GUUUGGAAUGGUUACACAAAACUCACUUUUAAAGUUAAAGCCAAAAAAUCUCACUACUACUAUUCGUAAUGGAGUUGCCCAAGUUCUAUCCACCGGGAUGAACACAAUUUUUGCAUUAAAGUUGUGAAUGUCAGCAACAUUUUUUUGCUAGGAGCUGCAUCUCCGCCUACUAAAAAAACAGGUCUUCUUCUAGAUGAAGAAGUUGACAAAAUCAACCAUCAUACUGGGCAAAAGACCACGGUCUUCAUACGAAUAUGUAAGUCCAACGACAAAUGAAACGCAUGAUGGAGAAGGUACUCAUGAGAAGGUUGUCGGGUGUUUAAACCACUCUGAGAAUCACACAAAUCUUCAAAGGAACACUCCAUCUUCUUCAAACUCAAAAAGAAAUCCAUUACAGGAUAUCACAAAUGCCAUAGCAAAUAAUAGCACUACAAGUGUACGCCCAACAAGUACAGGCAAAUGGCGUUUUGGAAUGUCCCUAUUACCUGAAGAUGACUACGUUUUAUUUGAGUCGAACAUGUUUGAAGGACGCAUUCAAAACUCAGCUCGCAUGAAGGACAUAUCAAGAUUUGAGUGCAGCAAUCGCAAUGAAGGUGACCAUUUAGAGAAUGCAUUGGAUGGACAGUCCGAUGAUGAUGGACUACCUGUUGAUGAGGAGGAUGCAGAAUAUGCAAUAUGUUCGACAGAAGAUUAUGUAGAUCUACAUGAUGCUAUUUACGAGUGCGAGUACUGCAGAGCACUUUUUUGGCAUGCUGAAAGAGUAAAGAGAAGUUCAGUCAAACAGCGACCCAAGUUCUCCAUGUGUUGCAAUAAAGGGAACGUUGUACUUCCUAAGAUGCAAAAACCACCAAAUUUGUUGUAUGAUCUGAUUUUUGGGAAUGAUGAACGCAGCAGACAUUUCCUUGAAAACAUCAGGUCAUAUAAUUCUAUGUUUUCCUUCACUUCCAUGGGUGGAAAAGUUGACCAUGAUGUGAAUAGAGGGAACAAUCCACCAAUAUUCAGAUUGAAUGGGCAAAAUUACCAUAGAAUUGGCAGCCUUCUCCCUACUGAUGGGAAUCAGCCAAAAUUCUUGCAGAUGUACUUAUCUGACCCAAAUGAAGAGAUCUCAUUUAGAAUUGCAUCUGUCAGGCGUGACGGUGGUACAUCAUUACAUGAUACAUUGGUGGCUGAACUGAAAGCCAUGUUGGACACAUACAAUGUUUAUGCACAGUCUUUUAGGAUGGCGAGGGAUAGAUUCAAUGAAUCUAAUUCGACUUCAUUGAAAAUGAAGUUAAUAGGCAAGAGGAAUUCAGAAGGUCGUACGUACAAUACCCCCACUGUAAGCGAAGUAGCUGCCUUAAUAGAGGGAGACUUUGAUGUGAACAAAAAAGAGAGGGAUGUUGUUCUUCAAACGAAGUCUGGUUCUUUACAGUACAUCUCUGAAUUAAAUCCAGCUUAUCUAGGGUUGCAGUAUCCACUUCUCUUUCCUUAUGGCCAGGACGGUUUUAGAGAAAAUGUGUUGUUGACCCGUGCAACCGAAGGGAUCACUGAAGGGAACACUGAAGAGAACACUGAAGGAAACACUGAAGGAAACACUGAAGGGAACACUGAAGGGAACACUGGAGGGAGAAAGUAUGUUACUAUGAGAGAGUACUUUUCAUAUAGAUUUCAGGAUCGCAUGGUUGAGACCCCAUAUAUAUUGCGAACAAAGAGAUUGUUCCAACAACUUGUGGUUGACGGUUAUACGAUGAUUGAGUCAUGCCGCUUGCAGUAUAUUAGAAAACAUCAAAAGGAGCUACGGAGUGAUCUGUAUAGUGGAUUGGCAGAUGCUGUUGGACGAGGGGAGACAAAUGCAUCAAGGACAGGUCAACUCAUUGUUCUUCCGAAUUCAUUUACUGGGAGUGCACGUUACAUGCUGCAGAAUUAUCAAGAUGCUAUGGCUAUAUGCAGAUGGGCUGGAUAUCCACAACUGUUUAUUACAUUCACAUGUAACCCAAAAUGGCCUGAAAUUCUCCGUUUUGUGGAACCAAGAGGACUGAGUCCUGAUGAUAGACCUGAUAUACUUUCUAGGAUAUUCAAAAUGAAACUCGAUCUACUCAUCAAGGAUUUGAAACAAAAUAAGAUGUUUGGCAACGUGCGGGCAGUUGUGUACACCGUAGAGUUUCAAAAACGUGGAUUGCCUCAUGCUCAUAUCGUUCUAUGGAUUUCACAAAGGCAGAGGAAUGUAUUUUCCGCAGAUAUAGACAGAAUAAUAUCUGCAGAGAUACCUGAUGAAAACUCUGAUCCCGCUUACUAUAAUGCAGUCAAAGAAUUGAUGAUUCAUGGGCCAUGUGGGCAGAUGAACAUGUCUUCACCGUGUAUGGAUAAAGGGCAUUGCACGAAGCAUUUUCCUAAAAAAUUCUCCCAACGGACAACCAUUGAUAAGAGUGGUUACCCAAAAUACAGGAGGAGAAACAAUGGAAGGUCUGUUGAGAAAAAUGGUCAUCCUAUGGACAAUAGAUAUGUGAUCCCACAUAAUCGUACUUUGCUUCUCAAGUAUGGAGCACACAUCAAUGUGGAGUGGUGUAAUCAAUCACGGUCAGUCAAGUAUCUUUUCAAGUAUAUAAAUAAAGGCGAUGAUCGGAUAACUGUUGCAUUUUCAGAAGCUACUGACAGCACCAAACCACAAAAGAUCGAUGAGAUCAAGAUGUACUAUGACUGUCGAUACAUCUCCGCUUGUGAGGCUGCAUGGAGACUUUUUUUCAUACCAUAUCCAUUACAGGGAUGUUCCCGUUGAGCGGUUAAGCUUUCAUUUACCAGGAGAGCAAAAUGUAUACUACAAACCUGAUGCAUCCAUUGAGUCAGUACUAAGUAACACCACUCUUCACUCUACGAAGUUUAUAGCUUGGAUGAGAGCAAACCAACUUUAUCAGGAGGCCAGGGAGUUGACAUACGUUGACUUUCCAUCUAAGUUCACGUGGAACAAAAAGAAAAGGGAGUGGUCACCGCGGAAAAAGGGGUUUGCGGUUGGGCGUGUGUUCUUUGUGCGUCCCGGAGCAGGUGAGAAGUACUAUUUGCGAGUUCUGCUGAAUGUAGUAAAAGGGCCAAGAAGUUUUGAAGAGUUGCGAACCGUGGAUGGAAAGAUAUAUGACACAUUUAGGGAUGCCUGUUAUGCUCGCGGGUUACAGGGAGAUGACAAGGAGUACAUAGAUGGCAUUACAGAGUCAAGUCAUUCAGCAAUGGCUCGAUGGCUACGCCAUUUGUUUGUUACUCUUUUACUGCAGGGAUCGAUGACUAAGCCUGAAUCGGUGUGGGAAAAGUGUUGGGAGUAUUUGUCGGAAGACAUAUUAUACAAUGUGAGGAAGAACCUUCAUGAUCAAGAGUUGGAACUAGACAAAGGAGAAAUUCAGAAGUACUGUUUAGUGGAGAUUGAGAAGCUUCUCCAGCAAAGAGGAAAAUCACUGCGUGACUACGUCGGAAUGCCAGUGCCCCCCGAUUCUUAUAUCCCCUCCAUGGAGGACAUUCUCAUUCAUGAAGAAUUGAAGUACGAUAAGUGUGUGAUGGCUGAAGAACAUCAAAAGUUGUUGAAGGAUAUGACAGAUGAACAACGAGCUGUUUACGAAAUAAUCAUGGAAUCUGUCGACCGCAAAUGUGGCGGUGUGUUUUUCUUAUAUGGACAUGGUGGCACGGGAAAGACUUAUUUGUGGAGGACUUUGUCUGCGGCAAUUAGAUCACGAGGAGAAAUAGUAUUGAAUGUGGCAUCCAGCAGUAUUGCGUCACUCCUUCUUCCUGGAGGAAGGACCGCACACUCGAGGUUUGCUAUUCCACUUAAUGUGACGGAGGACUCGACGUGCAACAUAAAACACGGUAGUCCCUUGGCCAGGCUUCUUGAACAGACACGACUAAUUAUUUGGGAUGAGUCUCCAAUGACGCAUAAGCACUGUUUUGAAGCUCUAGAGCGCACAAUGAGAGAUGUCCUUUGCUUCUCACCGGAGUGUGAUGGUGCCGUGCCUUUUGGUGGGAAAACUAUUGUAUUUGGCGGGGACUUUCGACAGAUAUUGCCGGUCAUUCCAAAAGGCACGCGGCAAGAUAUUGUACAAGCGUCUUUAAAUUCAUCGUAUUUGUGGUCAUAUUGUAGGGUGUUGAAGCUGACAAGGAACAUGAGGCUUGCACACGUGACCGAAUCAUCCAGCGCAACUGACAUAGAGCGCUUCGCAGAUUGGAUUUUGAAGAUAGGCGAUGGUAUUUUGGGAGACGAUGAGGAUGGGGAAUCUAAAGUCCACAUACCUGCCGAAUUUCUUGCUCCGAUGACGGAUGAUCCCAUUGAGUCUAUUGUUAAUAGUACGUAUCCAGAUUUCUUGACUCAUAGGGAAGACAUAUCAUAUCUGAACUCUAGGGCCAUUCUUGCGCCUACGAUUGAUGAGAGAGACAAGAUCAAUGAUUACAUGUUGGGGCUCAUUCCAGGCGAGGAAAUGACAUACUUAAGUUGUGAUUCAGCAUCUUCCUCUGACUCAGAUAGCGAGCUCCUUCAGGACAUUCAUUCCCCGGAAUUUCUUAAUAGCAUCAAAUGUUCUGGUGUGCCAAGUCAUGAACUCAAGCUUAAGGUGGGUGUGCCUGUGAUGCUUAUGAGAAACAUAGAUCACACUGUUGGGUUAUGCAAUGGUACGCGACUCAUGGUAACUAAACUCGGGACUCAUAUUAUUGAGACUCAGAUGAUGUCAGGAUCAAAUGCUGGAGAAACGUAUCUUAUUCCCCGACUUAGUUUAACGCCUUCGGACUUGAAGCUCCCUUUCACGUUUCAGCGCAGGCAAUUUCCUCUUAUGCUUAGUUAUGCGAUGACGAUUAAUAAGAGUCAGGGACAGUCGUUAGAAAGAGUUGGUGUAUUUUUGCGGCGUCCGGUUUUUACUCACGGACAAUUAUACGUUGCGGUAUCGAGAGUUACAAGUCCAUCAGGGUUAAAAUUUGUCAUAUGUGACGAUGAUGGUCAACCAAGCAAUACUGCUAUAAAUGUUGUUUACAAAGAAGUGUAUAACAAUUUAUAGGUUUUUCCAUAUGUCAUUUCACUUAUGCUUCGAAUGUUUAAAUUAUAUUUCUAUUAUCAUUCAAUUCAGAUCUUUACAUUCUCGAUGAAAUGUUUUCCCGUGCAACGCACGGGUUAAAAACUAGUAUCUUAUGAAAGAAUUUGAAAUGAAAGAUCUCGGGAGAACCAAAUUUUGUCUCGGGCUUCAAAUUGAGCAUUUGAAGAAUGGAAUUUUCAUCCACCAAUCCAAUUACACCGAGAAAGUGUUGAAGAGAUUCUAUAUGGACAAAGCUCAUCCUUUGACUUCACCAAUGGUCAUUCGAUCUCUCAACAUACACGAUGAUCCAUUCCGUCCCCGAGAAGACGACGAAGAAAUACUCGGUCCCGAAGUACCAUAUCUGAGUGCUAUUGGAGCUUUAAUGUAUUUAGCUAAUAAUACUAGACCAGAUAUUGCAUUUUCUGUAAAUUUAUUAGCUAGGUACAGCUCAUGCCCAACAAGGCGUCAUUGGAACGGGAUCAAGCACAUAUUCCGUUAUCUCCGCGGUACAGUUGAUCUCGGCCUAUUCUACCCCAAAGAUGCUACAGCUUCUUUAAUCGGAUAUGCAGAUGUCGGAUACUUAUCAGAUCCUCAAAAGGCAAAAUCACAAACCGGGUACGUAUUUACUUAUGGUAAUACCGCAAUCUCGUGGAGAUCUAUGAAACAGACAUUGACAGCUACAUCAUCAAAUCAUUCGGAGUUAAUUGCACUAUAUGAAACCGGAAGAGAAUGUGUAUGGCUGCGAUCUAUAAUUCAACACAUUCAAAAUGAAUGCGGUAUGAAGCCUAUUACUUGUCACCCGACUGUGAUCUACGAAGACAACACUGCUUGCAUAGCUCAGAUUAAAGAAGGCUACAUCAAAGGAGACAGAACAAAGCACAUAUCACCAAAAUUCUUCUCUACUCAUGAUCUGGAGAAAGAAUGGACAAUCAACAUUCAACAAAUCAGAUCGAGUGAAAAUCCGGCCGAUCUCUUCACCAAAUCUUUACCCCCGAAGAAGUUCAUAGAACUUGUACAGAAAAUCGGCAUGUGCCGCCUUCAUAAUUUAUGCUAAAUUCAGGGGGAGUAUUUGAAUGCACUGCACUCUUUUUUCCUUCAUCAGGUUUUUAUCCCACUGGGUUUUUCCUGAUAAGGUUUUUAACGAGACAGUACAUCCAAAUACAAUGACAUUAUAAGUCAAAAUUUUUACCCCUUAAAUUUCACACUAAUCUUCACAAUAAAUUUUUA